AGAGAGAGAGAGAGAGAGAGGAUAUGGAUGAAAGAAUGAAUCAAAUUCAAAACCCAAACCUCCUCAAACCCACACUAAUCAAAUCCUUUUAAAUACAACUUUGCUUUCCUUUUUUUCUCAUUAUCCAAUUCCUCGCUUCCUAAAUACAAUUAUACAUACCACACUAAUCAAUUUUUCAUCUCCUACCUACAAACUCCCCCUCCUCAUCAAAAUUUCGCUCUAAACCUAAACCCUCUCCAUCCAACUCUUCCGCUCCCACUUCAGAUUCUCAAAUGGUGAUGGAAGAUAACGAGAGUUGUGCAAGUAGGGUGGUCGAAUCUUCUGCCGGAAAGACCCGCCUCCAGCGAAAGAAGGUCGAGGUCUACAAUGAGGUUUUGCGCCGCCUCAAGGAAGCUGAUCAUCCGGAGGCGCAGGAGCCCGCCUUCGACGAUCAGCUUUGGGCGCAUUUCAAUCGCCUUCCUGCCAGGUAUGCAAUGGAUGUGAACGUCGAGAGGGCAGAAGAUGUUCUCACGCACAAACGACUACUGCAUCUGGCGCGUGAUCCUGCUAAUAGGCCAGCUUUUGAAGUCCGGCUUGUGCAGGUUGCACCUGUCCCUGAUGGGAAUUCAGGAGAUUCUGUGCAUUCACGUUCAACAAGAAGGGGAAGCAUCCAUCCUCCACCAGCCUUUGGUUCUUCUCCUAAUCUUGAAGCCCUUGCACUUGAAACAAGCAAAUCUGAAGUUCAAGAGGGGGACAGUGCUGUAGAUGCUGGGGCCAAGUUUUCAAGGCCCAUGCAUGAGAUUACCUUUUCAACUGAUGAUAAACCAAAGCUCCUUAGUCAGUUGACUUCUUUAUUAGCUGAAGUUGGGCUGAAUAUCCAGGAAGCACAUGCCUUUUCCACUGUGGAUGGCUAUUCUUUAGAUGUCUUUGUUGUUGAUGGCUGGCCAUUUGAGAAAGAAGUUUUGAAGAUUGAGAAAAAUUCUUGGCCAGGUCCACAUUCUUUAGCUCCUCUAAGUGAACAUGAGCAGAUUGAGACUAAACGUGAAUCUAAUCAUCUGACAAUACCUAAUGAUGGUACUGAUGUCUGGGAAAUUGAUCCGCAAUUCUUGAAAUUUGAGUCCAAAAUUGCAUCAGGAUCUUAUGGUGAUCUAUACAAAGGUACAUACCGCAGUCAGGAAGUAGCAAUUAAAAUUCUCAAGACAGAACGCUUGAAUACUGAACUACAGAAGGAGUUUGCUCAAGAAGUCUAUAUAAUGAGAAAAGUCCGACACAAAAACGUUGUGCAGUUCAUAGGGGCUUGCACCCGUCCUCCGAACUUGUGUAUAGUGACAGAAUACAUGUCCGGAGGGAGUGUUUAUGACUAUCUACACAAGCAAAAGGGUACUUUCAAGCUUCCAGCUUUACUCAAAGUAGGGAUUGAUGUAUCAAAGGGCAUGAACUAUUUGCAUCAAAACAAUAUUAUUCACAGGGAUUUGAAGGCCGCCAAUUUAUUAAUGGAUGAGAACGAAGUUGUUAAGGUGGCUGAUUUUGGGGUGGCCAGAGUGAAAGCACAAACAGGUGUAAUGACAGCUGAAACUGGGACAUAUAGGUGGAUGGCCCCUGAGGUUAUUGAACAUAAACCCUAUGAUCAUAAGGCUGAUGUCUUUAGUUUCGGGGUGGUUUUAUGGGAAUUGUUGACGGGAAAGAUUCCAUACGAAUACUUGACCCCUUUGCAAGCAGCAGUUGGAGUGGUCCAAAAGGGCCUCCGGCCAACUAUUCCGAAGCACACUCAUCCAAAGCUUGCUGAGCUGCUGGAGAGAUGCUGGCAGCAAGAUCCAGCUUUGAGACCUGACUUUUCUGAAUUAAUAGAAAUACUACAGCAAAUUUCUAAGGAGGUUGGAGAUGAUGGGGAGGAUAAACGGAAGGAAAAAUCUGGAGGAUUUUUUUCUGCCUUGAGACGGGGACAUCACUAAUAUAAAGAAAAAAAAAAAGAAAUAUUGUUCGUUAGAAUGUACUCACCUCUAAUUUUUGGGUUAUUUACACCCUUUCUAUUUGCACUGUACAGUAUCCCUUUCAUUAAUGCCUUGCUAUAUUUUCAUC